AGAGAACUUUAUUUCUCGGAAUGAAGAAAAAGAAGGAAAUAUUAAAAAGAUAUAUUCCGAAAAUGAAAUGGAGAAAGACAAAUCCUCGGUGAAAAACCAUUGUAGAGAAUUCCAGUUUGAUUCUUUGCUCAUUGUAUUCUUAGCCCACAAAAUUCUCUCCAUCUCCUAACCCUUCAAUCCCAAAAAGUUUUUCUUUUCUUUUCAUAUAUUAAAAAAAAUUGAGAGUAUCGAUGUGUGUGUGAGAGACAACUUCAAUGGGUUUGUCUUCAGUUUCAGUGGCGAUAGCAUUCUUGUUCAUAGUACCAUCUGUACUUUCCCAGGUCGCAGAGUUUGUAAGUAUAGACUGCGGUGGCUCAAGUAACUACACAGACCCAAGAACUGGAUUGGGAUGGGUUUCAGACACAGAGAUCAUGAAACUGGGGAAACCGGUAACUGUGGAUAGUUCGGACGGGAGCUCAAUGCAAUACCGGAGGAGAAGAGAUUUUCCAACGGACAACAAGAAAUACUGUUACAGGCUGAGCACUAAAGAGAGAAGGCGGUACAUUGCUAGAGCAACGUUUCUGUAUGGAAGUUCGGGGGGUGAGGACGCAUACCCGAAAUUCCAACUCUACUUAGAUGCAACUAAAUGGGCAACAGUGAUGAUUCAGGAAGUUUCGAGGGUUUAUGUAAAGGAACUGAUCAUAAGGGCUCCUUCCGAUUCCGUGGAUGUGUGUGUGUGUUGUGCAAUCACCGGCUCUCCUUUCAUCUCGACUCUCGAGCUUCGGCCUUUGAAUCUGUCAAUGUAUGCUACAGAUUAUGAAGAUGAUUUCUUCUUGAAGGUUGCGGCAAGAGUGAAUUUUGGUGCUCCAAACAUGGAUGCCUUGAGGUACCCAGAUGAUCCGUAUGACAGAAUCUGGGAAUCGGAUAUCGAUAGAAGGCCAAACUAUCUAGUAGGAGUUGCUCCUGGAACUACAAGAAUCAAGACGUCAAAGAGUAUAAAUACGAUGACGAGAGAGUAUCCACCUGUGAAAGUGAUGCAAACAGCAGUAGUUGGCACACAAGGAGUGCUCAGCUAUAGGUUGAACCUGGAAGAUUUCCCUGCCAACGCUCGAGCUUAUGCUUACUUUGCUGAGAUCGAAGAUCUAGGACCUAAUGAAACACGGAAAUUCAAAUUGGCACAACCGUACUUCCCCGACUAUAGUAAUGCAGUGGUGAAUAUUGCUGAGAAUGCUAAUGGAAGCUACACUCUCUAUGAACCGAGCUACAUGAACGUGACUCUAGAUUUUGUUCUGUCAUUCUCCUUUGAGAAGACUAAGGAUUCUUCACGAGGGCCAAUCCUAAAUGCAAUCGAGAUAAGCAAAUAUCUGCAAAUUUCUGAAAAAACCGACAGGACUGAUGUGACUGUUCUUCAUGCAAUUCGCUCGUUGGCCCCUGGAAGCGAUUGGGCGAAUGAAGGGGGAGAUCCUUGUAUUCCAGUUCAGUGGUCGUGGAUAAACUGUAGCUCAACCUCACCACCGAGAGUAACGAAAAUUGUUUUAUCGAGAAAGAAUCUGAGGGGCGAGAUUCCACCAGAGAUCAACAACAUGGAGGCAUUGACAGAGCUCCGCGCUGUCUUGACCGGAAUCCUACCAGAUAUGAGCAACCUUAUCAACCUGAAAAUUGUACAUCUAGAAAAUAACCAGCUUAAUGGAUCACUCCCAUCAUACCUCAGCCAUUUGCCUAACCUACAAGAACUGUUCAUAGAAAAUAACUCGUUCAGCGGGACAAUACCCCCAGCAUUGUUGAAGGGCAGAGUAGAAUUCCGAUACGAAAAUAACCCUCAACUGCAGAAAGAGACACAGAGAAAACACUUGAGGCUGAUACUGGGGAUAUUAAUAACCGUUAUUGUAAUUAUAUUACUGCUAGUUGUAGGAAGUCUUGUUUUAUUUUGUUAUCUCCGAAAGAUGAGGACAGGUGAUAAAGGUGAUUCCUCUGAGAAUAAAACCAAAUGUUCGGUAGCUUAUUUAUCUGUGCGAGGCGGACACUUACUGGAUGAAGGUGUCGCAUAUUUUAUCUCGCUUCCAUUGCUCGAAGAAGCCACUAACAAUUUCUCCAAGAGAGUUGGGAAAGGAAGCUUCGGUUCUGUCUACCAUGGCAAAAUGAAAGACGGGAAAGAAAUCGCAGUUAAGAUAACAGCAGAUCCAUCUAGCCACUUGAACAGGCAAUUUGUGACCGAGGUUGCCCUGUUAUCCAGAAUUCAUCACAGGAACCUGGUUCCUCUGAUUGGAUACUGUGAAGAAUCUGAUCGACGUUUACUGGUUUAUGAGUAUAUGCAUAAUGGAACCUUGAGAGAUCAUUUGCACGGAUCAGGUGACUACAAGCCAUUGGACUGGUUAACUCGGUUACAAAUUGCAGAAGAUGCAGCCAAAGGUCUGGAAUACUUGCAUACCGGAUGCAAUCCAAGUAUCAUUCACCGUGAUGUCAAAUCAAGCAAUAUUCUCCUCGACAUCAACAUGAGAGCGAAAGUGUCCGACUUUGGGCUUUCGAGGCAAGCGGAGGAAGACUUAACUCAUGUAUCGAGCGUGGCGAGAGGAACUGUCGGAUACCUUGAUCCCGAGUACUACGCCAGCCAGCAACUAACCGAGAAGAGCGAUGUGUACAGUUUCGGGGUUGUUCUGUUUGAACUAAUAUCCGGAAAGAAACCCAUCUCGGUCGAAGAUUUCGGCCCCGAGCUCAACAUAGUUCACUGGGCAAGAUCGUUGAUCCGUAAAGGGGACGUGUGGAGCAUAAUAGAUCAACAUCUUGUCGGGAACGUAAAGAUCGAAUCGGUGUGGAGGAUAGCGGAAGUGGCGAACCAGUGCGUGGAGCAGAGAGGGAGUUGCAGGCCGAGAAUGCAGGAAGUGAUAAUGGCGAUACAGGACGCGAUCAGGAUCGAAAGAGGAGGAGACGGAGGGAAAUCUUCGUCGUCUUCGUCUUCUUCGAAGGCGAAAUCUUCGUCGAGGAAGACGUUGCUGACGAGCUUUCUUGAGAUGGAGAGCCCCGACAUCUCCAAACACAGCUUAGUUCCAGCCGCCAGGUGAGAGAGUGUGUGUGUUUCAGUGUCCGUACAUCACUUAAUGUAUAAAUCUUGUCUGGUUUUUAGUGUAUUCGAACUGCCACUGUAGUGGAAUGUUUAUCUCUCUGUUCUGUUCA